AUGGGCGACCGCAGAGCCCGGACGUCUGACGCCGUCCUGAACAUCGUCACUGCUGGUGCACUUGCCUUCGUCUCCUACUUCUUUGUCAAGAACCUCCUGUCCACCUUUGCAAACACUCUCGCCGACCCAGAGAAAGAAAAACAUGAGCAGGCUAGGAUAAAGGCGCAAGCGAACCUAUCGCGAUUACGGCGGAACAAAGACGAAGAUGGCGUGGACGGAACGGACCCAAACGGCUCUCGCAAGGGUCCACGGAUCGAGGACAUCCAGCUGAACGAGUACGAGGCCAUGGUCGCGCUCGAAGUGGUCGCCCCGGAUGACAUACCGGUCGGCUUCGACGACAUCGGCGGCCUGGAGGAGAUCAUCGAGGAGCUCAAGGAGUCCGUCAUCUACCCGCUGACGAUGCCGCACCUGUACUCGCACGCGGCGCCGCUACUUUCCGCGCCCUCUGGGGUACUGCUCUACGGCCCCCCGGGCUGCGGCAAGACGAUGCUCGCGAAGGCGGUGGCGCACGAGAGCGGUGCCUCCUUCAUCAACCUCCACAUCUCCACGCUCACGGAGAAGUGGUACGGAGACUCGAACAAGCUCGUUAGGGCCGUCUUCUCCCUGGCGCGGAAGCUGGAGCCAGCCAUCAUCUUCAUCGACGAGAUUGACGCGGUGCUAGGCACGCGGCGGAGCAACGAGCACGAGGCGAGCGGGAUGGUCAAGGCCGAGUUUAUGACGCUCUGGGAUGGGUUGACGUCCUCGAAUGCAGCCGGGGUUCCGUCUAGGAUCUGCGUGCUCGGCGCCACGAAUCGCAUACACGACAUCGACGAGGCCAUCCUGCGGAGGAUGCCCAAGAAGUUCCCAGUCCCACUGCCAGACAAGGACCAACGGCGCCGCAUACUGCAGCUGGUCCUACAAGGCACAAAGCGUGACCCUUCGUUUCAGAUGGAAUACAUAGCCAAGGUCACGGCCGGCAUGUCGGGCAGCGACAUCAAGGAGGCUUGCAGAGACGCGGCCAUGGUCCCGAUGCGGGAGUCGAUCCGAGAGCACCGGGCGUCGGGCCAGUCGAUGUCUGGCAUCACCCCCGACCGGAUACGAGGCUUGAGGACCGAGGACUUCUUCGGUAGGAAAGGCGGCGGCCAGAUCCUCAUGCAAAAUCACGAGCGACAUUCAUCGCAGAAGGCGACUGCUGCUGCUGCUUCCAAGUCCUCAAGUGACGAGUACGAGGAUAUCGACGAGCAGGUUGGCGAAGCUCCAGAUUGA